AUGCUACAAGAAAAUCUCUUGGAUUGCUAUAUUGACAAUGUCAGGAAUCCCGAGAUGAGAGAUCCAAAGUUGGAACGAUUACUUUAUAAUUACAACAGCAGUCUCGAUCAAGUUCAAGAAGUCAAAGAAAGUAUCAGCAAGACACAGAGAUCCGAGCAUAACAUCGCAAAACGUCUCUGGAAGACUGAAACAAUUAAACAGACACUCGAAACAAAAUGCGGUGAUCAAUCUGCGAUCAAGCAUGAAUACAACUACCAACAGGCCCAGUACCAGACACAUGAAAAUGCUCGUCUCAACCUCACACUACACAGAUUACGCUCAGAAAUCAACACACUCCUAUAUCGCCGUUUUUACGAAGCAACUCUUAUUCGCCUCGAGAUUCAGACAUUGCUGGACCAAAUCUUGUGGGAAUUGCCAUCCAGAGCAAUCAUAAAACACACAUUACCAAAUGAAUGGGAGGACCAAGAAACCAGAAAACACGAUGGUAUAACCUUGAUACGGUUAUUGAACACACUUUUUUCCACUGCACCAUUGUGGAGUUCGGUGUUAAAAGAACCCACAGAAGAACAGGAGGUCGACUUAUUUGAAAAAUGUGUCCGUACCUGGAUACUUCAGGUUGGUGCUGUACUAUUGGACUUGAGUCUACCAUCCGAACGAAGAUGCCUAUUGUUACAUUUACUUCAAACGAAAUCAGCCUCGUGGGCAAUUCCCUUGCUUCAGUAUUCAUUCCAUCCUACAGCCAAACUCCCAGUUGCUGAUAUGGAAGAAUACGUGGUUGCUAUUAGAAUGGUAUUUGAUCAUCGUCUAUAUGAAUCAAAGGAUGAUACUCGGAUAUGCCCUCUGCCUGUCUGGACUGAAGACGAUUUCUUGGUAGCAUUGGAUCAAUUUGGAGUGGCCCAAACGUUUUGUGCGACUAUUCAGGAAGCAUUUCGCCAACCAUUUUCGAAAGAAUCAAUCGAUGCAUUGUUCAAUUUUGCAGAUGAACUUUUGGAGGCAUUGAAUGUUGGCAUGAAGGCCAUGUCAAGUAAAGGGUACAGGGAUUUGGCUAAGCAUUUAGGGCAAACGACUUGCCAUAUGGCUCAGCGAUUGAUCGAGAAUAUUGGGGAUGAGAAUAUACGCAAAGAAUCACAAAAUCGGAUUGAUAAUUUCGUAUCUAACGUGGUUCUUGGUUAUUUGGAAGUCGAGGAAAAAACGAUGUAUAAUUUUCUUCCUAUCCUACCCUUUCACGGUGUUUCAAUCGACAGUCUAUGGAUCAUCACGCUUCGUCUUCUCAAAAUAGACGAAUACAAAAAACCAGAUAACUUUGGAGAACAGCUCACCUUACCUGACAUGACACAAUUUCUUCGUUUCUUGGAAGCUAACCAAACACAAGGAAUCUUUAUGCUCGGAUGUCUUUCUAAUAUUACGACUUGUAUUCUACCUGCAAAGGGGUCUAUCGAUAGUUUCCGAAACAGUCUCUCUGGCUGUCUUAUUACCAUUGUUGCCCACACACUAUUUAUUAUCGCAUUUGUAGACACUAAUUUGUGUGAUAUAUAUUACAAGGAUGUCCGGGACAAUUUUGACCCAGUUUGUACUUGUCAUCCUUUUGUGAUAUCAUUGCUCUUGCGCUGGACAUAUGAUAAUUUUUCAAAGAUGGAAGGCAUGGCUCUCUAUUUGUUCCAUUCUCUUCCACUCAAUAAAUGGAUUCCCCAGACAGACGAUCUUGUUCUUCUUCAUCGGCUUCUUUGUCAAGGACCAUCAGCCAGCACUCAAGUUAGCUUUGGUCGUUAUGUAAUUGAGCACCUCAAUUUUGGAACAAUUUCUGGAUCAGAAGACUUGACAAUCUCAAAAUCACAACCAUGGCAUAACCGUACUAUGCCAUUCUUACCAUAUGAGAUACACGAAGAAAUUGCCUUUCUUCUCUUGGACGCCUGUCAAAAGUACCAGCCUUUGCCAGAGAGUGACAAAAGCUCAGAUGUACUCGGGAUAGUGGCCACGGCCAUGUCUACCUAUAUGGUUACUCCAGAUCAACUGUGGACAGCAGCUACCAGCACAAUCAUAGCAACAGAAUUCAUUCAGUGGGCAUGGAAGAUGGCACUUAAAUUAAAGCUUUAUGAUUGUCCCAUUACUACUCGUGCAUCUGAUAUCGAAAAGGCCAUUACUCCUGCAUUUUUAAAAGACGCUCUUCACCAUCACCACGACGCUAUUGGAAUGCAUCAUGCUCUAUUGACCUAUAUAUCAUUCUUACUUUCCAGUACUAGCCGUCACUUCUUAAGAUUUGAGACAAGUAAUGGUUGGCUCAAAUUGCUAUUAAUCUUACGCCGUGGAAAGCCAGAAGCAGUUCUUCAAGUUAUGAGCGACAUAAUCCCGGCCUUUGUUUACAUGCACGGCGAUGAUUUUUUCAAUGAUGAGAGCUUGUCUGAAUUCCUGCGUCAGAUGAUGGAGUUCAAAGCCGAUCCUAUGCUCACAAAGGCUGCUUUGUUGCGUGUCCCUAAACGAUAUCAUCAGAGUACCUUUUGGAACAAACAAGAAAUUACUGGUAUUGGAUUAGUAAUUGGCUCUCAUGCUUGGCAAGGUCAUUUUAUUGAUUCUGUGGGGGACCUGAUGGAUGAAAAUGGUGGGGGAUUCUCCUAUCUCGAUCUAAUGCUGCACUCCUGGCUCAAAACAAUCUUCGCACGCAAAGAAUGGAUGUGGUCAGAUCAAUACGUGGUGGCUAUUGAUUGUAUAGCCAAGAUUGCCUUUAGUCUUGGACGUUACAGCCUUGUGCGAAGCAUGCUUAGUAGCGAGCACAUGAGGCUUGAACAGAAUAGAAGUCAGCAGCUCUUGAGUUCUCCUAAACUAGCUGCAUUGGGAGGUCAGCAUCGAAACCCAUUGCGAUUUAUCAAGAACAUCAUGCCAGACACAGCCUAUACAAGUCUUUUAGCAGGAGAAUGGACAAUGAUGUCUCUUACAGCUAAUAAUUUGAUGAGAGCUCCUGGCGUAGAGGCAAAGUCAUUUUGGUUUGCUUAUGAAGUAUUAGUUAUGGAGACAAUACACGAUCAGGAACAGCGGUAUGCACUAGCUAAUGCUGCUCUGGAUCUCAUAAAACAAAGAAAGACGGAACCUCUUGUAGAACCAGAAAUUAGUGCUCUUUUCAAGACAAUUAACGCACAGUCAAAGAAACCGUCCGAUUAUCUGUCUAUAUAUCGAUGGGCACAGCAUAUCCUAGUACUUCCACAUAACCACCCUCUCCUGCCACUUUACCUCCAGAUAUUCUUCUGCUUGUAUUAUUCAAGUAUUACUGUAGGCGAUAAGACACUUUUAUAUGGCACAUAUUUCUUCAGCAAGAAGCAAGAGCUUUUACAUAAGGUCCGUGAUCGUACCGCCUAUCUCCAGACAUACCAUGGACAACAACAACCAUCAGGAGAAAAGGGUGAACUCUAUAUAAACUCUAAUUCAAAUAGUAAUGGCAGCAUCAGUAGUUGCUGCAGUAGUAACCAGACCAGCGGAAAUAAUCAUGAGGCUCUUCGUCAAAUUUACUAUUCCAUGUGGCUAUGGUUGGGAAAUACAGAUUUACUCCGACCUGAUUUUGAUCUAUCUACUUUGCCCACUAAUUACUCAAUAAACCGCCUCAAGCAAUGUCGUCAGCCAAGUACACCUGAUGCCUGGGAAUUGCAUCAGCCAUGGAACUCGAAAACUUCGCUCUGGUUUGAUCUUAUAAACAAGAAACAGCUCCAAGACGCAUUUAUCCAAUUUCCUUGGGAAGGCUCGGAAAAGUUUUGUAAAAGACCACCAGGCUCUAUCGAAACUCAGGCAACAGUAGCAGAUGAAGGAUCUGUCUAUAGUAGCUAUGAGGUGUUUCGGGCUAUUCCAAAGGUUAUUCCAACAACUAUCCAACCACCUCCGAUAGCACAAUUCAACGAGCCUAUCAUUACGCUGGCUGCAGAACAGCUCAUAGAUAUGACUCCCAAGGAUUUGCUUGGUUCAUCGUUUGAAAAAUUUCAGCAUCAUGCAGCAUUAUUUCAGGAACGUAUCAAGAACCAAGAGGACUUGGAUGAAGCUUAUGUAGAGCAGCUAGGGCUCCUUUAUACCAACACACCUAUCACAGAGACAUUAACUAUCCCAUGCGUUCAGAUGCCUCAGGGAAUAUGUAAAAAGCCCGCUCAACUCACGCUCUCGGCCACUUUUGUUGAAACCAAUACAGAAGUACGCCAGCAAAUAGAGCAAAAUCGCAAAGAAGCCAAGGAAUUGAUAUUUGACUCUAUCGAUACAAGCGUAUGUCACGAAGCACUAGUUGGACUAAAGAAUAUUGAAAGUAUCACAACCUAUUAUACUGAAGUAUUCACCAAAAAAGAGACACAAGAAGAUACGAGGUGUUUGCAUCUGAGUUGGUCUUGUCUCAUCUAUGCUAUUGAAAGCUUUGAAAAUGGUACAGAGAUUUAUCCACCAUUUCGUUUAUUUUUGCGUCAAAUGGCUAGAUCUCUGGCCGACUUGCUUAACUCUCAGUCGUCUUCCGCAGAAAGAUUAUUACAGCUGAUGGCGGAAAAGGAGGGGCGAGUUGUUAUCCUCUACCCUGCAUUUAGGCCAAAUGUAGAUUCCAAAAAUAUAGUUUCGAUGCACAAGCGUAUCUCCAGCACUGACAAUUUCGGGGCACGCUCACAGCUCUACCUCUUAUCAGCAUUUGAUAUGGCAGCUUGGGGGGCGACAGAAUUUGCAACAAAAAACAACCGUGACACAUUCUAUGAAAAUUCAUUUGUGUCUUUGAAAAAAUGGAUGGAACCUCAGACGGAUCAAAUCGAUGUGCCAACCAUUGCCAGUAUACGUAUUCAGCAGUACAAACUAUCACUCGCACUUAUGGCAGCCAUGCUUGAAAAACAACCGCAAGAUAUGGAGCACGUGACUUUACUUGGGCAUGCACUUGAUCUUCUUUCCGAAACAGAUGAUACAAAAGAGGCGGAUGGAUUUUCAGGAGCCAUGAUAGACAGUUUGACAGAGAGCCUUGGGGGUCGUUCUCGAAAAGUGCUAGAUAUAUUGAAUACAAACCCAGACGAAAUGCGGUUUAGAUUGACUAUGCUAUCUACACUAGAGGAGGUAACAUCACUUGUUGACUAUCUUGGAUCAUAUUUGUCAAAUAUUGCGAGCAAGAAAGGGGAAACAGGAGAUCUGUUUGGUGUAUUUGGUUAUGCCAGUCCUGCACUCUGUCGCCUCAUGGUCAAUGUGCUAUGUGAUGAACGUAUCAUGGAUAAGAGCACCAACAUUGUUGUCCCAGUACCAUCUUUCUGGACCCGCACAACUGAAUGUUUUCAUGGAUGGUGGCAAAGCUCUGAUAGCUGUGCUAUGUCGUGUGGUGAAUCAAAUCAUGCCUACAGCAAGCGAGAAUACUUGCCAUUUUUUGCAGAAGCUUAUGGGCAUCUCAUCAAACGAAUGCUAAUUCUUGUAUCACCUGCCUACAAAGCAAAUCUCUUGGGCGUAUUGUUUGAUUACUAUCAUGAAAAUAUCAUUACACACCACUCGGACCUGUGGUUAGAUCGGUUCCACAGUGCACUAUCAAAGCUUCCCUGGGGUUUCUUUGAAAUGUCCGAGGCGCAGCUCAAUCGAAUGAGAGAUACUUGGUCAUUGCUAGAACCAGACGACCCCACUAAACGAAUUGUCUACCUUGGGUUUACUUUUGUCAUCCUACGAUCAUGGCUGAAGAAAUACACACAAAAGAAGGAGACUGUUUCUAUUAGUCGCUCGUGGCUCAAGAGUUACUUUCAGGUUUUCUUCAUAUUCUUACAAGAUUCAAUCAACAUUUGGCCGGUAGAAAAAGAAAGAUCUGAAGCCCUCCAGAUUUUAUACAAACUUAUGAUUGAAAAGGAUAACAUUGAUACGAUAAUACCAGAAGAUAUUGAAGAGACUCUCUUGAUGCCCACCGAAAGAUUGAAACUAUGCCUUGGUAAAUGGGCAGACGACAAAGAUACAUCGACAACUCCACUUUGCGUCCAAUGGGUCCGUGAAAUGACAAGAUUUGAUGAGAAAGAAACGCCGAUGAGGAUGAAAAAGGUUUUUAGUGAUUUCGUCAUGAAACUUUUAUCAGAAUCGCCGGAAGACCAAUCUCCACCCAAAGAUGUUCAAGAAUACUGGGUCAACAACAUCUGGACCAGCAUCGACAAUCACACAGAAUACAGUUCUAAUGGGACGUUUGACCCUCAACUUAAGGAUCUCAUGAAAAGUAUGUUGGAUAAUCUUUAUCAGGACAGGUUUGAGGCAGGAUGGAAUAUAUUGGUAAAGAAUGCGGAGCAAAGCCAACCAGAGACUCUCUUGGCUCUCUUCUCAGCCCUUUUAUCAAUACAACUAAGCCCGAAAACGACUCGUUUUAUGGAAAGAUGUUUGGAAAAGUACUUGCAAAACAGCAAAAACGAAAAAAUCCCACAAGUGCGUUGGAAUGGAGUAGCUUUUGUGGUUACAAACUCUAAGGUCGAUACCACCUUGUUAUUAAAAUACUGCAUGGAUAAAUCGUUUUUACUCACCAUCCGUGCUUACUGUGAAGCGAUGAUUCAACAGAAUCAAAAUGCACAGGCUAAGCAAGUCGAGUUUGCUGAAGAAAUUGCCGCCAUUGUGUCUAUUACUAAGAUUCAGACGUCAGAGCCAAAUGAGGCCAAGAAGAUGACCUAUCUAAUCCAACAAUUUUCAGAGAUAUUUUGUAAAAACAAGGCCGACACUCUAAAGAAAGCCCGACUUGUAGCCGGUCUAAUCUCACUCUCAAGGACAACUGCACGGUGGGCCAACCCAGGUCUACCACUAUCCAACGCUACACCUAAUGGAAUAAAUGAUCCUAAGCCACUCCCGGCUUGCUUAGCCUGGCAACAUUUCUCACUGCUUCUCGAUAGUUUUCUUGCUUUACGAUUAGAAGAGGCCGGAAUGGGAGCGUCUUCUCUCACACCGUCACGAGUAUCAUUGGAAGACCGAGUUAAACGACUAGAAAGUAUUCGAGUAAAAAAGAAUGUGGCCUUUGAUGAAGCUCUAUCCAGGGGCAGACGUAUAAAAUUUGAAAAGAAGAACAGUACCUUGAAGGCUGAUUUUGAAAAAAAAAUUACUAGAGUAUUUGGCAUGUAUGGCAACAUGAUUUGUGUACCAUGUAAUGAGUGA